GCUUAAUUCACUUUUAUUCGACACGGCUAGCUUUAGUCGUUGCUCUGUCGUUCAGCCAACCAGCUGGCUCGGUACGCGCAUCUACCACCUUCUUUGAAACGGGUUCCAGCUUUUGCGAUUAAACCUGCAUGACCACGACGAGACGAGAGGUUGGUCGCUUGCAGUGUAGAGUUAGUUAGGCUUCCUAUUCUAAAACCUGCCAUAAAAAAGCGCUUAGAGUACUUACUUACCUACCGCUCACAGAUUUGGAGCCGCAGGGUUAUUCAGAUCUACAGUGAGCUAGGCGUACGAAAGUCUCUCCGUGGUACCUUUCUACCGGAUCGUGUUGGGCUUGGAGGAUUUAUUGUCUCAUUGAAAAUAUUAGCAAGCAGUCGCAGCUGUUAGGGAAUUGUCCAGAAACACAGACACACAGAUAGGCAGACAUAACAAAUGAUCAAAAGUGCUGCAUGAGUCAUCUCAAAAAAGCUUAAAGUGUGGUGUAGUGAUGUGUUAUGGUGUUUCCUGAUCUGGAAGAAGAAGUUCUCUGGCUUUAUGAGAGUGUCACUGUUUAACUUACACCCAACAUUCCACCGACCAGACCGUUUGGUUUCUACUCGUGGUGUGCCUAAAGAAGAAAGAUUAAUUACCUCGGUCAUCGUUUGUGUGUACCCUCCAUAUGAAAUGAUAGCUUAGCAGUACAAGAGCCAACAAUUUAUAGCAUCUCUCACCUCAAACGUGAGGAAACGCGUAGAGCAAAUAACCGACAACUGUGUCGAGCAAAAGGGUUUCGGAACCGUCAUCGUGGUCGUUGCCAUUCCAAAUGUCACCGUACUCCACCGGUUUGAUUCCCAGCACCAGCACCUAGAUUUGGAGCUUAUCUAAGACGAGAUAGCCCGUGGGUUUUUUCCCUUCUUUCUCUUCUUGACGACGAAGAGCCAUGGACCAGCAGCAGCAACAGUCUUCAUCACCGGGCUCUCGGAGCAACAUACCGAUUCCGAAGCGGAAAAGUUCCCUGCAUCUGUACAUUGCUAACAACAUCACCGGCAACGGAGGUUCCUCGAACGCCUCCUCAGCGUCGUCAACCCACGAAGAUCACACGUUCUCACUGCCCGGGUCGGCCUGUUCCUCGCGCUCGGCCACCGCCAUGAGCAUGCACAGCUCGAUGUACUUGCCCCGGGGCGGAAAUCUGACCGGGACGACGAUGGCGGAGAAUCACAACAACGACUACCUGCAGCUGCGCGAGAAUCACAACCGACUGAUCAACAAGUGCGAAGAAAUUACAAGGCAAAAUGAAAACCUAGAACGAACGAAUCAACUAUUGAAGCAAAGUGUCGCUGCACUACAGAUAGACAUCACCUCCAUGAGACAGGAGCGCACCGAAUUUAUGGAUAAAAAUCGAAAGCUGAAGAAAAAACUAGCGGAAAUCGUUCCCUCGGUGAGCAGCAGCAGCAGCGAAGCAGAGGACGAACAGCAGAAAUCUUCAUCCCGAGACGAUGGACGAGCAAGUUCUUCUCUUCGACGGCAAAAAUCAUCAACGGCGUCCCCGACGAAGGAAAGUGAAAUGGACAGUCUUUUGCACGAGAUGGAAAAGUUGAAAUCCUACCUGAACAACGUUGAGCUGCAGCUGUACGAGGCUAACGAAAAGAUUUCCGAACUGCAGGAAAGUAAGCAGCAGUACGAGGAUACAAACGAAAAGUUGCGCGCCGAGAAUGCCGAGCUUAGCAAGAUCGCGCGACUCAUGUCGGUCAACAUGCUGGAAUCGAUCGAUACAAGCAAACGGUUGGAAAGUUCCUUCAUGCAAAUCCGACGAGAGCGUGAUCAACUCGCCCUGCAAAGCCGCGAUUCCGUCGAUUCUAAAACUGGACCGAAUGAGGAAAUUCAAAAGCUGCGCUCCGAGAUGGAACAGAAGCGCAAAACUUUCGAGGCACAGUUUAUCGAAUAUAAAUCACUAAUGCAGCAGGAGCUUACGCGAAAUACCAAUGAGCAAAUAAUAGCACUGCAGUUGGAAGUUGAUAGGUUGAAGCAGGAUCUCGAAGAAGCAGUCAAUCGUGCCGAAAGGGCCGAGGAAGAGGUCCGUGAGCUGACAUCUUUGCUCCGGGCCAGUCAACUUCAAGAGCGCCAAUUUUACUCCCAACUAGAUCUGGACAAAUUGAGCCUUCGCAAUUUCGGUGCCGGUGAUGGGGACAACGAUUCGCUCCUGUCCGGCAUGAGUAGUCUAGCGCCUGCUGCCUUCUACCAAACCCAAGCACUGCCACCACUUCCGCCACCUCCUCCGCCUCCACCCCCACCACCACCUCAACCACCAUCGCUUCAGAGAGCGCUGUCCGCAACCGGAUCUGGGGCAAUGGGACUUAGUGAAGCAAUCUCGACGCAAAAAUUAAAUCACAUCGCAGACAAGCACAAAAAUGCUACCAGGAGUCAGCAACAUGCAACAGGUUUAGAUUCCGUCAUCGAGGACAUCAAAAACGGUCGCGUUACGUUACGCCGCCGGAAGCCGAACAUUCUGAACGAUCUAGAAACGAACCCCAACGACGUCGCCGGGUCUUCCGGUUCCGGUUCGUCCGCCGACAGCCGACAAAGCCAGCUCAACUACUCCCAGCUGGCUGCGAAAAAUCCCGCCCUACGUGAAAUGUACGAAGUGUUAGAGAGAAUGAAACGCCGGAAUCGACAGUCACGCGUUAUUGUGGAAUCCGAACUUAUGCCUUUCAAGGAGUCGUUAUCUGCGCGGGACGAAGCAAGGCCAGAUUUGGACACCACAGAUGGGGUCGUCGGGAGCCGAACAAGAACUGUGAUCACCGGUGUCGUUAACAUUUGAAACUAGAAUACAAGUUUUUACUUAAACAAACUAAGAGCAACAGAAGUGAUUUAAACUAACAUUGCAUUUUUUUAACAUUUUAUGAAAUCCAAGAAAAUAUUUUAAUUAUAUUUAUAGCAAUGAUCGAAAUAGCGACACUCACAGA